AGUACAUACACCUUUCAAAAGUUCUCACAUAACUAUACGAAGAUCAUCGUAAAAAUUCUAUUCAUUUACGAGGUCCUGCUCGUCUCCGAGAAAUACAUCCGAUAGCCCGAAUCUGAACCGAGACAGUCCCACUCUCUCGGUUUUGGCAAUCGGAGUCCGACUCGGCUGAAGUCAUCAUCCUCGCAGGAAACUCAAUCCCAGUCUGUCAAAUGGCAUGCGACCGAAUAAUAUUAUCAGUCACGGCACUGGCUAAUACGAAUAUAAAUACGAUACCCUCCAUCUACUUCAUGCCAAGAACUUAACAAUACUCUCUAGACUGACAUUCCCACCAAUAAGUCUCUAAUUGACAAUGUCACGCGUCGCUUCACUAUCACGACGUCAUCUUCUCACCUCUCUCACCCAACAACCAAACCGCUACUUCUCAGCUACCAUGGCUUCGUCCAAGGAUAAAUGGUCCGCAGAUCAAUACGUCAAGUUCCUCAAAGACCGCACCCGUCCUUCAACAGAUCUUCUCGCCCACGUUCCCAACACGUCUCCCAAGCGCGUCGUGGACGUUGGCUGCGGUCCCGGCAACUCAACUGCCGUGCUAGCCGAGCGCUAUCCCAACGCUCACGUCUCGGGCUUUGAUUCCUCAGCUGACAUGAUCAAGAAGGCGAAACAGACUCUUCCCAAUGUUUCGUUCGAAGUCGCUGAUCUUUUGACCUACAAGCCUGAGGAACCUGUUGACGUUCUCUUCUCCAAUGCUGUUUUUCAAUGGUUGCCUAAUGGGCAACGCAUUGAGAUUGUGAGGAAGCUUCUUGAGCAUGUUGCACCUGGUGGAAGUCUUGCUUUCCAGGUCCCAUUUAAUCUUCAUGAGCCGAGUCACGCUUUGAUGAGAGAAACGGCGGAUACACCCAAUAUGCCUUGGACGGAGAAACUCAAAGCUGCCAAUUACUCCCGAGACCAGUUUCCUUCGGCAACUGAGAUUUGGGAUGGAUUGAAAUAUUUGUGCUCUGAUCUUGAUAUUUGGCAGACGACUUACAUGCAUGUUAUGGAAAAUCAUGAGGGCAUUGUUGAGUGGGUCAAGGGUACUGGUCUCCGACCAUACCUAGAUCCAUUGUCGGAGUCUGAGCAGGAGGCUUUCGUCGAGGCUUAUUUGAGUAAGCUUAAGAAGGGUUAUGCCGCGCAGAAAGAUGGGAAAGUUCUUUUGCCGUUUCCUCGGUUGUUUGUUGUUGCGACAAAGGCGUAAAUAUGGAGGCGAAGUAUUGCACAUGUUAUUGUAGGCAUGAGAACACCCAGUGAAACCGAUGUAAAAGACCGUGCAAAGCUGAAAAUCUGUCGUGGGGUUGGGGAUGGACUUUAGCUGUGCGAUCGGGCCAAGGGAUGUGCGCGAUAGCCGCCGUGGCGUGGGAUAUAUCAUAAGUGAUAAUACGUGGCCAAUAAGCCAAAUUUGUUUCACGCAUUGCAUGUGUACAUACUUCUGUCCCUCCCCAUUUCGUAUCUUCAGCUGUGGCGGCGCCAUAGUCAAUAAAAACAGUCAAAGCGUACAGCC